AUUGCUGCCCUUUCCUGCUGCUGUUGCUGACACCAAAUCAUGAGGAAUGUGCCAACCCUGCUAAAGACAGGCAGAGAUUGUGAGAAAAAACCAGCUUGUCCGCUGAGAAGGUGGCCAAAAGAAUGCUUUCUAAUCUCCCCUUUCCAUCCUCUCCCCAGCCACGACAGAGGAAUGUCCUUUUCCUCUGUCACCCACAGUGACCCAGGCCCAGGCUGCAGCGUGGGGGCAGAGUCCGCCACAGCUCGCAGAGCCCGCCCUCCCCAGGGGCUUCCCUUGCCGUGCCGUGCCGUGCGGGGCCAGCCCCGGGAGCCCCCGGCCCCGCACGGAGCCCGCAGCCCCGGCUCCGCGGCGCUCGUCCCCGCCGGGUCCGGCCCGCGCCGGGGCCGCGCUGGGCGCGCGCGGGGCCGAGCGCAGCGCCCCCCGCAGGCCGCGCGCCGCCGGCGCAGCCGCGGCCGUUGCGCCCCGGGCGUUGCGGCCACAGUCGGCGAUGGAAGCCAUGGAGGAGCUGCCGCUGCCCGCCGGGCUCCGCGCCCGCACCUUCCCCGCCAAGCUGUGGCGCCUGCUGAACAGCCCCCGCGUCCGCUCCCUGCGCUGGGACAGCCGCGCCCGGGGGCUGCUCGUAGACCGCUGCCUCUUCGAGCGGGAGCUGCUCAGCCCGGGCGGCGCCCAGGGGCCGGCCCCGGGCACCUUCAGGGCCACGCAGUUCCGCAGCUUCGUGCGCCAGCUCUACCGCUACGGCUUCCACAAGGUGCCGGGCUGGCUGGGCGCCGCUACGGCGGGCGAUGCCGGGGCCUGGCUGCACUACAGCAACCCCUGGUUUCGCCGCGACCGCCCCGAUCUCCUGCUCCGCAUCAGGCGCCGGACCGCGGCCAACAGGCAGCGGCGGGCGGCGGGGCGGGAGGGGCGCUGCCCCCGGCCCUGCGGCUCCCGGCAGCUCCCCAGGGCGCGGCCGCCGCUGCCGCCCGGGCGCCCGCCCAGCGCCUUCCUCCCACUGCACAGGGAGCGGGGCCCGGACGGGCGGGAGCUGCGCUGCCCCCGGCCCGGCCGCUUCCAGCAGCUGCCCCGGGAGCGGCCGCCGCUCGCCCGGCGCCCGCCCUGCGGCUUCCACCUGCUGCACAGGGACCGGCCGGGGCCGGCCCGGCGGGAGGGGCCAAGCCGCUUCCAGGAGCUCUACGGGGAGCGGCCGCUGCCCGCCCAGCGGGAGGUGCUCCGGGUCCCGCCCUGCCACUUCCUCGGCCUCCACGGGGAGCGGCUGUGGCUGCUCGGGCGGGAGGGGCCCCCCGACCGCUUCCAGGAGCUCUGCGGGGAGCAGCCGCCUCUGCUGGACCGGGAGGAGCUCAGGAUCCAGCCCUGCAGCUUCCAGCAGCUCCACGGGGAGCAGCAGCCCCCAGCCUGCAGGCCACCAGCUGCUCCGGGCACUUCAGCCCCCAGUGCUCCAGCUGGCAGUGCUGGCUGUGCAGCAUCACUGGCCUCCAGCUCAGCACAGAGUGCACCUGUGAGAGAGGAGUCACCACCACUGGAUCUGGGCCUUGAAGUGGAGAAAAUGAUCCGGGAGAUCAGGAGAUCCCUGUCUGAAAGGUCUCCAGCAUCACUGGCCUCCAGCUCAGCACAGAGUGCACCUGCAGAAGAGGAGUCACCACCGCUGUAUCUGGGCCUUCAGGUGGAGAAGAUGAUCCGGGAGAUCAGGAGCUCCCUGCCUGAGAGGUCUCUCUCUGCUCAGGUAACCCCCUUGGAUGGGAAUGAAAGAGGCUGGCCUGAGAGCUUUUGA